AUGCAUGGGUGCCCAGCAGGAGUCCAUCCGCAGGGCGGCCGUGGUUCUGCGAGGGCAGGUUGGGGCGCAGACUGCAGCUCCUCUGCACCGCUCACCCAGCGCCACCGCAGGGCCACCAGCACAGGGACACCGGGAGCUCAGCCUGGGAGAGCGGGGCGGAGCAGCCGCCGGUGCUGGGGUGGAUCUUGCGGGAGUGACGGGACCCGCGGCGCGCCCGGAGCCGGCAGCGGGUAAAUCAACAACCCGCGGGCCCCUACAAAAGAGAUUAAAGUUCAGUUCGGUCCUCGAAAGAGCUCCAGUAAAGCAAUGAAUCUGUUUCUGGAGCUUCUCCUGUUCCUGGCCACGCUCCUCUAUUCCUACCUGGAGGCUUUUGUGAAGCUGUUCGUGCCUGUGAGGAGAAAGUCUCUCGCCGGGGAGCUGGUGCUCAUCACGGGCGCUGGCCAUGGCGUCGGGCGAGCGACCGCCUUGGAGUUCGCCAAGCGCCAGAGCAGGCUGGUCCUGUGGGACAUCAACAAGCACGGCGUUGAGGAGACGGCAGCAGAAUGCCAGAAGCUGGGAGCCACUGUUCAAACCUUCGUGGUGGACUGCAGCAAACGGGAGGAGAUCUACAGCGCUGCAGACAAGGUGAAGAAGGAUAUUGGGGAUGUGACUGUCCUGGUGAACAAUGCUGGCGUGAUUACAGCUGCUGACUUUCUCUCGACUCAGGACCACCAGAUAGAAAGGAUGUUUGAAGUCAACAUUCUGGGCCACAUGUGGACCACGAGAGCUUUCCUGCCAGUCAUGAUGAACAACAAUUAUGGGCACAUUGUCACGGUGGCUUCAGCAGCAGGUCAUUUUGUGGUUCCUUUCAUGGUGACAUAUUGCUCAAGCAAGUUCGCUGCAGUUGGAUUUCAUAAAGCUCUGACAGAGGAGCUCUCUGCCCUUGGAAAGGAUGGAAUCAAAACAACGUGCCUUUGUCCUGUUUUUAUAAACACUGGAUUUGUCAAAAACCCCAGUACAAGGCUCGGAAAGAUUUUGGAGAUUGAAGAAGUCGUACAGGCUUUGAUGGAAGGAAUAGUGACCAACCAGAAAAUGGUUUUUGUUCCCUCAAAUCAGAGCAUAGCCUUACUGCUUGAAAGGGUGUUUCCAGAACGUGCCCUGAACCUUCUGAAGAAGAUGUCUGAAGUCAAGUUUGAUGCAAUCAUUGGGCAGAGAAGCACACAGUGAAAAGCAAGAAUUGAUUCUCAUUUCCCAGAGGCGCCAGUGAAAAGAGGACAUGUGCUGAGCGUAGUUCAGCUGCCUGGAUUCAAAACAGUUCAGGCAGGGGCUUCCAGGCCACCAUUCCCAGGCACACCUAAGGGCUUAUCCCACACCUGCAGCUGGAACACAGCUGCAUAACAGGGUGUAAUAAUAGCAGGCUGCAUAAUAGCAAAGCAGUGAUGCAGCUCUAGAAGGGCUGCUUUGAAUGUACAUCCCAUCACCUUUGUCUCAUUGUGCUGAGGUAGGCAGGAAUUCCCUCAAAGGUGGGUAGUCUGUUUUCACCUCAGUUUAUAAUGUUGAAUUAUAAAAUGCUCUAAAGAACAUUGAAUUUCCCAUAUUUUUGUAGGAAAUACCUGGAAUAAUACAGA